AUGCUAGUAUUAUCAUCAGAAAUAUUGAAUAUUCUUGUACUUGUUGCUGUCAUAUUAGCAGGUAUAACAUUCAUCGCAGUUUCAAUUGUUAUUAUAUGUUUUCUAUGUAUUAAAUAUCGUUCUCCGAAAAUAACUACUGAUGAAGAACAUUUGUCAGUAAGAUCUCCUACGUCGCAUAGUUCUCGUUCGUCACCUGCUCCUUCUCCAUCAUCCUUAUCGUCAUCAUCAUCAUUAAAUGUAUCGUCAUCAACAAAAACUCCUGUAUUGACAGUUCCUAAAAAAAAACAACCACCAAUACCAUUAACAGAUUUUCGUUCCGAUAGAAUUUCUGUUAUAGAUGAAGUUACUUCUGAUGAUGAAAUCGAAGAUAAACGAGUUAAUAAGCAUGACAAAAAUUACGAUACGAUAGUUAGAAAUGACACUCGAGUAAAUACUCAACGUUAUAUACACAGACAACAACAAGAAAAACCAAUAACAGAUGUCCGAGUUAUUAAUCGACAUACACCCUAUCCAGAUGAUGUUAUUCAACGUGAACGAGUUAUGAUUGCUAAUCGUGGAUUGGGAAGAAGUACAAUAUAUGAUCAAUAA